AGUAUCAAUUAGUCUAUCUCAAGCUGCGAAGUACGACAGGUCUCGUUAUAAGCCAACCAUUAACCAAACCUUGAUUGUUAUAUUUUCGUUUUUAAUUGUUGAUCGUUGACUGAAAUUGUUGCUUCUUUAUUUUUUAUUAAACUUUUAUUAACAAAUCCAGUGUAGUUUUCCGUACGUACUCAUUCCAACCACCUCUAUUCUCGUAAUAGAAAUAGGGGAUCAAUCAGUUCAUGGCGUCGAUUGUUUAAUCGUAACGAGAAUUUACGACUCUCGUUGACGCGUUAUCUCGCAAUUGCGUCUCACCGCGAACGGUUAAACAUUUGGUCCUUUGCUGCCGGAUCACGUGUCAGUGAAAAGUGCACUUACCAGUGCCACAGUGACCACACAGUGCCACGUGAAUACAUGAAAUCAGCCGUGAAAGCGUUAUCACUACAGCGAAGCCAAUGAGGUCAGGAGUGUGUCACCUUCGAAGAAGCAUAACCUACUGGUCGAGGAACGCAAUCACGCAGCCUCCCGCCUCAGCUGGACAAUCAUCAAUUCAAAGCAGUCCAACAAUUUCAAUCACACAACCAAACGAGUGGCCGAGGGGUAGGAACGCCUUUCUUGCUGAGCAUCCACGCGACCUCGCGCCAACAACUAAAGGGCCAACUUCCGCAAGGACACAUCUUAUACAUCAUACGAGACACACACGGUGACGAGCAACAUUUAAACUCACAACCACAAGAAACGAGACUUUCAAAUCGGCCGAUUUACUCUUAUCGAAACGACUCGAUGAAUAUGAACAAUCCAACCAACCGAAUAAGAAGGCCUCUUUAACGGCCCAUAAGACACUACUCGAAGACACGUGGAAACAAUACAGACGAUUCCAAGAAGAACUAGAAGAUUUAGGCGAGGAGGACGACGCGCGCGUUCUCGAGAUAACAAACACAUAUUACGAUCUGGUAAUACGAAUACACACUCUCAUGAAUGAUGCACCAGCAUCAUUAUCGAAAUCUCCAAACUGCGAUUCAUCUAAUGUCGCCGAGCCGACAUCUAUUAAGUUACCAGAAAUUCAUUUACCUACUUUUGACGGUACUAUCGAGAAUUGGCAUGCAUUUUACGACUCCUUUUCGUCCACUAUAGAUCAAAACGAACGACUUACACCCGUACAAAAAUUUCAUUAUCUCCGAUCAUCCUUGGCCGGAAGGGCCGCAAGAAGCAUUCAAUCGUUAGACAUCACAGAGAUAAAUUAUUCUAUCGCUAUUGACGUGCUUAAAGAAAAAUUUGACUGCCACCGUCAAAUCUGCAUGCGCCACUGGGACUUGAUCUGCAACUAUCCACAAAUAACGACGGAAACACUCGAAGCCAUAGAAGACUUUCUCGAAACGAUCAAGGUAAAUCUCCGAGUGUUAGAAAAAUUAGGCGAACCUGUCACAUCAAAUGUCAUCCUCGUCAAAAUACUCACAUCAAAGUUACCUUCGUCCACCAUUCGCGAAUGGCCGCUGCCAUUGGUGCGCUCACCUUACCCAAUAAAAGAAUGCCCUCUCAUACACACUUGAUAAACUUUCUUACAACACGUGCGAAUGGCGAUCAAAACAAUUUCACUUCAAAGGAGACAAAAGGGGCGUGCGACCAACGUCCCCGUCAACGACCACAAGCGCCACAAGGACACGCAUUUAUCACAUCCCAGGCGCCGUCAACCUGUCCCACUUGCCAAGGAUCACAUUCUAUCUGGAGGUGCGAUAGCUUCAAAUCAAAAUCCCUUCGCGAGCGCCUUCGAGAGGUCAAACGAGGGUCCUUAUGCAUGAACUGUCUCCGGAAGGGGCAUACAGUGCGAGAUUGCCACGCCGGGUCAUGUCGGGCGUGCGGAGAACGCCAUCAUAUGAUGUUACAUAGGGCAAAACGAUACUCAGGGUCUCGUUCCAGCACGCCCAGUCCAAAAUCCUCUCCUUCAAACAGUCGAUCCACAACACCUUCUUUGUCACCCCCUUCAUCACCCACUCGCCACAGACGACACACGACAAACCACAGAUCGGAAACACCACGAACAGCCUCGCCUCCAAGCCCAUCUUCGAUCGAACAUACUAGACCAACAGCAUCCAAAUCACUAUCCAAUGACAUAAUCAUCACUGCACAAAUCAACAUUUUGAAUGAUAAACAUCAACCAAUCCGUUGUCGAGCGCUGCUCGCCUCGAUGUGUGUUGGACAAAUCAACCUAACUCAGCCAGACGAGCCUGAACUGCGUCUGCAAAAAACGCGAUUCGGUUGGGUAAUCGGGGGGAGCUCAAAUUCCCAAACCGCGACAAACACGUUUCACGCAUCCACGACGGUUUUACAAGCAGAUCUCGCGCGGUUUUGGGAAAUAGAUGAAGGACCCUCGAUCAAACACCUCUCAGAGACAGAUCGACGAUGCGAGGAACACUUCCAAACCCACAUCCGACGCAUCAGCGAAGGACGAUACAACUAGUAUUGUCUUUUGGUAACGGGUGCUUUCCUCAGAUAUAGAAUCCAUACAGUACCCGGGCCCCCUAGGAUCAUAGGGGUUGGAGAAAACGCCCAACCAUCGCACAAGGCACCCAGUACCUUGCUCCCUGGAUUAGCUAAGUCUGCAGGGGCUGUCGCUCGUCUCAGGUCGAACGGGGCACAUUCUAAGCCCUCCCGUCUCACCAGGACUGUUCCGGAGCAGGUGGGACGCUGCUCA